ACUUUGUUGUUGUGAAGACGGAAGUGACAGAAGGACUUCCCUCUGGCCAAUAAUUCAAUCAUUUUUGGAUACAGUUAAAGGCAUACGCCGCUGCUUGCUCAGACAUGUCUACUGCCUACAAAAACAGGAUACAAGAAUUCAAAGUAGCUUUAAGUGAAGAAAACAUAAACUUGAAGACACUGCGGGAGCUGUGCUUCAAUGGAAUUCCAUUUGAAGGAGGCAUACGAGCACUUUGCUGGAAAAUCCUUCUGAAUUACCUUCCUCUUGAUCAGACAUUAUGGGUCUUUCUCAAAAAGCAGAGGGAGGUGUACUCACAGUUCCUGAAAGAAAUGAUCAUCCAGCCUGGAAUUGCCAAAGCCAACUUAGGCCUAGCCAGAGAAGAUGUGACUUUGGAGGACCAUCCUCUAAACCCAAACCCAGACAGCAGGUGGAAUACGUACUUCAAAGAUAAUGAGAUUUUGCUACAGAUUGACAAGGAUGUGAGGCGGCUGUACCCAGACAUGGCGUUCUUCCAGCGUCCCACAGAAUACCCUUGCCAACUUAUCCUGGACCCACAGAAUGAUUAUGAGACACUGCGUCGGCGAGUGGAACAGACCACCUUGAAAGCACAAACUGUAAACCGGAACCGCAGUGGAGUCACCAAUGUCAGCUCCCCUGGAAAGGCUUUGAACCUGUAUCCAUCCAAUGAGUAUGAGGUGUUACCAAAUGGAAGUGAAGCACACUGGGAGGUGGUGGAGCGGAUCCUCUUCAUCUAUGCCAAACUGAACCCUGGGAUAGCUUAUGUACAGGGCAUGAAUGAGAUUGUCGGGCCAAUUUACUACACUUUUGCAACAGACCCCAACAGCCAGUGGAAAGAGCAUGCUGAAGCAGAUACAUUCUUCUGUUUUACCAACCUGAUGUCGGAGAACAGAGAUAACUUCAUUAAGAGUCUGGAUGACUCUCAGUGUGGCAUCACUUAUAAGAUGGAGAGUGUGUACUCCAUGCUCAAAGACAAAGACCUGGAGCUCUAUCUGAAGCUGGAAGAGCAGAACAUCAAACCCCAGUAUUUCACAUUCCGCUGGUUGACGCUGUUGUUAUCUCAGGAGUUCCUCCUGCCAGAUGUCAUCCGAAUCUGGGACACCCUGUUCUCUGACCAGGACCGCUUCCACUUCCUCAUCCUGGUCUGCUGUGCCAUGCUCAUGCUUAUUCGAGAUAGCUUACUGGCAGGAGACUUCACAGUGAAUAUGAGACUAUUGCAGGAUUACCCCAUCUCAGAUGUCCACACCAUACUGACCAAGGCCAAAGAGCUGCAGGAUAACUCCUAACCUGUUCGCUCAGAUUUGGUAGGUGGAAGAUAAAAAAAAAAACAAAAAAAAACAAACAAACAAAAAAACCCCACUGUCAUGUCAAAUGUGUCUGAUGGAGGAACUGGAUAAAUGAAGAGCCUGGACAGAUGUUGGGAAAACCCAGCAUACUGCUUUUUAACUCAAUAUGUGUUUGGUCAGUGGGGACUUCCAUGGAAACGUGAAGGACAUGCUCUAAUGAUUGCUUCCCAAGACUGAGAAGGAGAUUGCCACUUGAUUUUUGGUGCAUUCUGAGAAAAGGCUACUUUGGUACGUGCUUGUCCUCUCACAGCCAUUUCUCCCAUGGAGACUUGUUAUACUCAAAUAACGAUAUUUGUGCUGAACAUUUGUGGGACAGGAAACUACACAUUAAUCCUACACUACCGAUGAUCGUAUGUCAUGAAACGUACUAAACGUAUUUAACAGUGGAGCCAUGAAUUUAACGAAAAUCCCACUGCAACCACGUACAGUAUGUUGUCAGAAUAAGCAAAGAUUUAAUGGGUUUGAGCAAUAGUGCAUGUUUGUUCUUUAAGGGUUUUUAAUUUGUAAAAGUUGAACCUUUUUUUAAUGUGAGGAACAUGUAUGCCUUAUCUGUGUACUAAUGAUGUGAAACAGGAAGCAGUAUUUCUGAGCACAUUUUCUUUUUGGAUAAAAUAAAUAUGAAGCGAUAGGACUGACCUGUUGAAUAUAUCAUUAACUUUUUAAAAAGCAUUGAUUCUUCUACAUUGGGCCUUAAAAUGUGUAGUCAUUCUUUAAAAAGUUAUUUUCUUUUGGUAAACACAAUGGUAUUGAAAGAAGGGUUUGGAAUAUUUUUGUGGUUUUCACACUGAAGAUUAUUUGCACAGCUUGUUUCCAACCAGGGUUUUCAUGUACCUCCAAGGUUGGUAAAAUACUUUAUACAACAUAGUAAAUGUGGUGUGUGAUUGACAACAGUGAAUACACAUCUCUGCAUUAUUAUCUGAUAAUGCAGGGCUCAUGCAUCACAACAUAAGAUGGAAAUUCUGCAUUAUUUUUAAGUUCUAUUAAAUGUAAGGCACACAAUGGACACCCAUCAAAGACUUUGCCUAAAAACAGUAACAUUAUCGUUCUCUGGUGGUGUAAGUCGUUCUGUUAUGGACAUGUUUAAUUCUGACCUGAAAAAGAAAAACACCUGAUAACCAACCAAUGCUACAUAUCCAGAGUUUCCUUGAUGGAGCGGGAAAAUAAAUGUCUGACCUGGCAGACCUUAAAAUAUAAGAUAAAAACAGGCUUUCACAUAGGAUAUUAUGAACAUAAAAGUAAAAAGUUAAUGUCAAGUUACCAUAAGAUAGGGGACUGACACAUCUGUUGUGGUAAAAUCAUAAAACUGUUAAAAUCAAAGCAGUUUUUUUUUUUUUUUUUUUUUUUUUUGAGAAACAUCAUACAGUGUUGAGAUACAACUAGUAAACUCCAAGUCAAUAUUAUUUAGCAGCAGUAUUUUUGAAUUGUAGUAAGACACUCAUUUCAGGAUAAACAUGGAAGAUCUUUCACCCCACCUGUACUGUUUUUUUUAUUACCUUGGCAGUACUAAAAAGUGUUUGUCGUUAUUCCCUCAGUUUGCUAACCAGGGUGAUGAUGGUGCCAGUAAAUUGUUGGUUAAGCCUGAUAGUGCUCAGUGUGAAACACCUGGACCGAAAAGGCCAGAAAGUUUCCCAUCUUCUGUUGUGCACAUAAUAUGUGAUGCACAAACAGUUUGUGGCAAGUAGUUCACAGAAUCAUGCCUGUUUUCUACUUUGAAUGUAAAUGAUUCUAAUUGCUAUCACUGGUUUGUACCCAGGCCUUUAAUUCCAGAAAAUGUUAAAAGGUUGAAAAUACAGUAUGUUAAUCAUGUGAAUCAUAUAUAUUGCAUUUACAUUUGAAGGCAUUCUAUGUAGAUAUUCUUCAUCUAAAGCUUCCCCAGGAUUGGUGAGACAGUAAUUGUUGUUUAAGAGGUCAUUAUUACUCAUUGUGAUUUUACAUGUGACCCUUCAUAUGUCCAGGAUGGGAAUAAACUUCACUUCUAGGACAACUUAAGUAUUUCCAGAAUCUGUAUUAAAAAGACCAAUUACAAACACUUAUAAACUAGAUGGGGCAGUAAAACUUUUACAUUGCUUAUUUUUCUGCCACCAAGUGUGUCCUUAAGAUCAAAUCUUACUUGACCUCAACCGUAAAACACACUAUUGAGAUAUAGUAUUUAUUACUAUGGAAGGUUCUUUGUAAUGAAGCUCUGUUUACUUUAACGUAGACUUUGUAAUGACAUAAAUGAGCUCAAUUUGUUUGUGAGGUUUUAAUAUCAGAAGUGCUCUUUCAUUACAUUCAAGCAGGAUAUUCCUUUAAAUUGUGAACACUUUAUUAAAUUGUAUGAUAAUUAUUGUUUUUUUGUCACCUGUCAAAAACAAUGUUCACUUGGUCUGUGGAACAUAUAGUAGUGUUUGAGUCAUUUUUUCUAUUAAUCUGUCUGCAGUUGUCAUGUUUUAAUGACAUCUGA